UUUCUACAGUCAGUGUGCAAGUGUGCUGUCCUCCUAUUCAAAUCUAGAAAUGUUUCGGAGCCUGCUGCUCGCCAUCUUGUGGGGAUUGGUAGAGGCCGAUAUCAGUCCGGCUCUGGAUGACCACUGGAAGCUAUGGAAGACAACGCACAAUAAAGUUUACUUCCAUCAGCUAGAAGAGUCUGGUCGCAGGCAGAUCUGGGAAGAGAACCUGCAGAUGAUAAACGUACACAACUUGGAAACCACCCUGGGCUUGCACACCUUCGAGUUGGCCAUGAACCACUUGGGAGACCUGACCAGAGAGGAGAUUAGCGGCACCUUCACCGGCACCAUCAUUCCCUCAGAUCUGGAAAGAUAUCGUUUUAACUUUAACUGGGACAAACGCAAUCGGUUGCCGUCCUCAUUGGACUGGAGGGAAAGGGGCCUGGUGACUGAGGUCAAAAUGCAGGGUUCUUGUGGUUCCUGCUGGGCCUUCAGUGCCGUGGGAGCUCUGGAGGGUCAACUGAAGAAGACAACGGGGGUCCUCAAGUCGUUGAGUCCUCAGAACCUGGUGGAUUGUUCCUUCGACUACGGCAACCACGGGUGCCAUGGCGGCUUCAUGGCAAACGCUUUUAAAUAUGUCCACCAGAACCAAGGCAUCGACUCAGACGAGACUUAUCCUUAUGUCGCAAAGCCUGGUGAGUGCAGGUAUAAGCCACAGGAUCGUGCUGCCAACUGUUCAGGUUAUGUGUAUGUCCCAAAGGGGAAUGAAAAGGCACUAAAAAUGGCUGUGGCCACUAUUGGGCCAGUUUCUGUCGCCGUGGAUGCCUCACGACCUAAAUUCCAUUUCUACCGCCAUGGUGUGUACCAGGACAUUAUGUGCUCACACAAGAUCAACCAUGGCGUGCUAGCUGUGGGCUAUGGCACAGAAAAAGGAAGCGACUAUUGGCUGGUCAAAAACAGUUGGGGCCUCCGUUAUGGUGAUGAGGGCUACAUUAAGAUGGCUCGCAACAAAAACAACCAGUGUGGCAUUGCACUGUAUGCUUGUUUUCCUGUCAUGUGAAUGCUAAAGUCCAGAAUUUUAUUCAAUUUCUAAAUGGCCCUUGCUGGCCACAUUUCGUCUUGAUACACAAUGGAAGUCAAUGUUUUUCUAAAAUAAAGUAUUUGUAUUGCCACUGAA